AUGGCGGCAAAAGGUGGCGGCGCUAGCGGAGGAGGCGGCAGCGGCGCUAAUAGGAAUGGGAUAUUGGACAAGGUAGUCCGGGCUCGAGCGGGGCAGGCGGGCACCGGUCCUGGGAGAAUGCCGCUGGCAAGUGACUCUUCUCACUCUGCCUUGCAGUGGAAGAUCGACGACAAGCCUGUCAAAGUGGACAAGUGGGAUGGGUCAGCGGUGAAGAAUUCCUUGGACGACUCUGCCAAAAAGGUCCUCCUAGAAAAGUAUAAGUACGUGGAGAACUUCUGCCUGAUCGAUGGCCGCCUCAUCAUUUGCACCAUCUCCUGCCUGUUUGCCAUAGUGGCUUUAAUAUGGGAUUACCUUCACCCCUUCCCCGAAUCAAAGCCGGUCCUCGCGGUCUGUGUCAUAUCAUAUUUUGUGAUGAUGGGCAUUCUGACCAUUUAUACCUCGUACAAGGAGAAGAGCAUCUUCCUGGUAGCUCACAGGAAGGAUCCGGCGGGGAUGGAUCCUGAUGACAUCUGUCAGCUCUCCUCAAGCUUGAAGCGGUUCGACGAUAAAUACACCCUGAAGAUGACGUUCAUCAGCGGCAGGACCAAGCAGCAGAGGGAGGCGGAGUUCACCCGGUCCAUUGCCAAAUUCUUAGACGGCAACGGCACCUUAAUCAUGGAGGCCUUUGAGCCGGAAGUCUCCAAGCUGCACGACAGCCUGCUGACGGAAAAGAAGACCAAGUAGGCUGUGUUGGAGUCUCUACCUUC